AUGGUUGUUGAGCAUUUCAUUAUUUUCUGCUCACUGCUUGGCGUUGGGCUAGGCUUCUUUCAGCCUGUGCUAAAAGAUGAAGGCCUCCAAUGUGCAAAUUACACCUGCAAGCCUUCUUCAAUGCAAUUUACUAAUACUACUUGUGCAUUUUAUGAUAACUCAGGAGAACAGCCUGUAUUUUAUGCUCACAAAUGCCAAUCGGUAAAGGCACCUUUUUGUUAUACAUCUUUUAUAGGGAAUUCUACCUGUAUUAGGUCUCCAACAGCUCCUUUGCAUACUGCUUGGCCUGGAGAAAAAUGCUCAUAUACAGAAGAUUGCAGCUCUCAUGCUGUUCAUGGCUGUUUGAAUGGAGUUUGCCAAGGCUCAGAAUUAAAUGAAAGCUGUCUAACUCAUGAUGAUUGCAACCCAGGAUUGCGAUGUCUCAAUCAAACUUGUCAGCCACAACUGCCAGUUGGAGGAGUAGGGUGUUCAACAGAUAAUGAUUGUGUAAAUGGAGCAGGCUGUAAUCCAUCAUUCGAUAAUCCAUCCCAGCAUAGUGCGUGCUACCCUUAUUUUUCGAUAAGUAAUCAUUUCCCAGUUGGAGAUUGCUCGGCAAUAAAUACAAAUUUUUUGUGCAACUCAGGCAUUUGCCAAACUUACGGAACCGUAUAUGAGUGCAUGAACCCUGUAAAAUCUCCUACGUUGCCUAAUAAAUGCCAAAGUGGGUUCGACUGCUUAUCAACUCAAGAUCCUUAUUUCAAACAGAGCCAGCUGAUUGGACAGUGCGUUUGCGGGUAUAACAAAGAUGCCCAAAGCUAUUGCAGCUUGUUCCCUGGAGACGAUUUAGCCCAAAAAGCUAUGAAAUCUUUAGUAAAAUGGAUCCAAAGCACUGGCAUUCAAAAAUGCAAUACAAAUCGCAGAUUUAAUAGUGCAUGCAUACAAGAUUAUUGGGGAAAAAGAGAUUAUAUUGAUUAUAUGUAUUAUUCACUAUCUUAUCAGUUGUAUCCACUUCUUGUCGAUGCUGAAGACUGUGUUCAACAAACAUUUUUGGCUGGCUAUUACCAAGCAAAGAAAGAGUAUUUCAUUAUAUAA